CUACCGCGGGCGUAAAUACCACUCUCCACUCAUCUCGCGGCCGAUAAUUUCAGUCUUAGAAUUGUGUCUGUCUACAGACUACCCAGCAUGAAGCUUGUUCGGUUCUUGAUGAAAUGCCAGAAUGAGACGGUCACAGUUGAGCUAAAGAAUGGCGCCAUCGUCCACGGCACCGUCGCAUCCGUAAACCCAAAAAUGAACAUCGCAAUGCGCUCCGCCAAAUUAACCCCCAAAGACCGAGAUACCGUCGCCCUCGACGCAAUGACCGUCCGCGGCUCAACUGUUCGUUACAUAAUUCUUCCCGACAGCCUUCCACUCGACACACUCCUCAUCGAUGACGCACCGAAGCCGAAGAACAAGGCAAGGAAGGAGGCAGCUGACCGUGGUGGACGUGGUGGUCGCGGAGGGCCUAGGGGUAGGGGAAGGGGACGCGGUCGUGGCAGGGGUGGGAGAGGAUUCUAAGUCACAUAAAAGACUGACGUUGAUGUUCUGGCUUGGAUGUAUGGCCGAUGAGUCCACGAAAGUGCAGGGUAUGGGGGUUUCCGAAGCCCAAAGGAACAGCAUCCUAAUUUGCUUCAUUCAGGGCGACAAACUGGUUCAUAUUCUUAGCCUGCAAGUCAGGCAGCAUUCAGGUGACAUCUUGAGAUAAGCUUCGGGCCUGGCAGGUAGGCUGGGUGCACUAAAGAAAGAGGACCUGAAUCGGCUCGAGGCUUCUCCUGUCCUUUUACACGAGAGAGAUGCAUAAAGUACAAUGUCUCCUCCAUUUUACAAUUGAAAUAAGAUUAAAGAGAC